AUGGAAAAAUAAUAGACUUACAAGCCUAAGUCAACAAAAGAUGCGGAGGCGAUGGGGACUCUUUCAUUUGGAAAACAAAAUACGGCCUUUUUUGAGGAACAUCAUAAAACUCUUGAUGCCAAUUCUUUCUAUUAAGGAACAGAAUCAUAUUUCUAGGAGAAGAAAGAUAGAUCUCACCUGCAAAUAAUCAAUGAAUCCAAGGAUAACAUAAUGAGUUUAAAUACUAAGCAUCAUAUGUCAAAAUUUACUUAGUAUAUUCCGAGCAAAGAGGAGAAGCGAUCAACAAACAGUCAAAAUAAAAAUACUAGCAAUUAAAGGCAGUGUAAAUUUUCAUCAUAAGCAUCGCAAUCAAUAUCAAAUGAUUUGCAUGAGGAUGGUAGGAUUGCUCUUGUCGAAUAAACGCUGGAAAAUAUUUAGGAAGAGGCUAAAGAAACAGCCAAUUAAGUUCUUAUUUCUUAGAAUCAAGUCUAAACACAAGAAAAUGAGGCCAAUAAGUUGAUAAUAACUGUAGAUUAACUUAAAGAUUACUAAGGCAUUAGAAAUCCAAUGACAAAGUAUCAACUAAUUUUUAUUAGUCUAGCUUAUAUUUCUAGUGUUAUUGCUGCAUUUCCUCUAAGUUUAAAAGGCAUUAUUACAAAAUCUUGUGAUAUUCACACUAACUUCUAAUAUCACUUGAUUUACUUCGUUUUUGUCUUCCUUGUAAUUAUUACGACUGACAUUUACUCAAUGAUUGUGAAUGGAAGAAUCAUAGAUAAAAUUAACUCACAAAACUAGCACUACUAUAAAUAAAAGUCUUUUAGUUUUUGUGGCUGUAUUUGUGAUCAGUUCGUAGUGUUUUUAAAUUUACUCUGUUCUGCUUGUUUCAUAUUCGAACUAUAUUCUGAUCUAAUUAUCAUUUGGAUUGGCGUUUUUAGUUAACAAUAUGCUAUUUUCGGCUUCUUUGCUGUUAUUUUUCCAUUGGUAAAUAGAAUCACACAGAUUUACUGUGUUAUUAAGUUAUUUAUUUUUGCUUUGAAGUAAAUGCGUAAAACCAUCGCAAAUGAAAGAAUUGAUCAACUCGUCCUUAUCUUGAAUAUGUAUAAUAUAAGUUGA